CAGCCACACUCCGCUGUACAGCUGCUGGUUCAUGUGAGCGUCCGGUCGCUGCCUUUAAAUAACUUUACGCUCCGUUUAGCUUCGAGAUAACUCACUGAAACGUUGACCGGAUAGCUUAGCCCGCUAGCCAACAACAAGGAGGCGUCAGUCUUGUGAAACACCAUGGUGGAGCCAGUCCCUGAGUCCAUCAACUUUCCCUUUGAGGAGGAGAAGAUCUUGCAGCUUUGGCAAGAAAAGGACUGCUUUCAGGAGUGCCUCAAACAGUCCAAGAACAGGCCUAAGUACACUUUCUACGAUGGCCCUCCUUUUGCCACGGGCCUACCCCACUAUGGGCACAUCCUAGCCGGCACCAUCAAGGACAUUGUUACUCGCUUUGCCCACCAGAGCGGCUUCCAUGUAGACCGGCGCUUUGGCUGGGACUGUCACGGACUGCCUGUGGAGUAUGAGAUUGAUAAAACUUUGGGGAUCAAAGGGCCAGAAGACGUGGCCAAGAUGGGCAUCGCCGAGUACAACAAGCAGUGCAGAAACAUUGUCAUGAGAUACUCCAACGAGUGGGAGAUUUCAGUGAGGCGAAUGGGAAGGUGGAUUGACUUCAAGAACGACUACAAGACUCUCUACCCAUGGUUCAUGGAGACUGUCUGGUGGGUGUUCAGACAGCUGUACGACAAGGGUCUGGUUUACCGAGGUGUUAAAGUCAUGCCAUUCUCCACUGCCUGCAACACACCCCUGUCCAACUUUGAGGCCAACCAGAACUACAAGGACGUUCAGGACCCAUCGGUGAUUGUCAGCUUCCCAUUGGUUGAGAAUGAGGAAGUGGCUUUGAUCGCCUGGACGACCACACCCUGGACACUGCCAAGCAACCUGGCCCUCUGUGUUAACCCAGAGUUCAUAUAUGUCAAGGUCAAAGAUAACGCCACAGAGAAGACCUACAUUAUGAUGGAGGCCAGGCUGGGUGCUCUGUUUAAGUCUGAGAGUGAAUAUACUGUCCUGGACAAAUUUCCUGGCAAGACGCUGAAAGGGAAAAAAUACAAGCCUCUUUUCCAGUACUUUGCCAAGUGUGUCGAGAAAGGAGCAUUCCAGGUGUUGACUGAUAACUACGUCAAGGAGGAAGACGGCACAGGAGUGGUCCACCAGGCACCUUACUUUGGAGCUGAUGAUUACAGGGUGUGCACAGAAUUCAACAUCAUCCGGAGGGACCAGGCUCCUAUCUGCCCUGUGGACGCCUCGGGCUGCUUCACUUCAGAGGUCACUGACUUUGCGGGACAGUAUGUCAAAGACGCUGACAAGAAUAUCAUCAAGUGGCUCAAGGAGAAAGGUCGCCUCGUCAAUGCCAGCAGUUUCAAACAUAAUUACCCCUUCUGCUGGAGGUCUGACACGCCCCUGAUCUACAAAGCCGUCCCCAGCUGGUUUGUUCGAGUGGAGCACAUGGUGGAGAAACUACUGGACAACAAUGACAAAUGCUACUGGAGGAUGACAUUAAGUUCCUUUACAAUGAAAACACGGCAAAGCAGAGUGACAACAUCAUGGACAAAUGGAUUCAGUCGUUCACACAGUCCCUCAUCCAGUUCUUCAAGGCUGAGAUGGAAGUUUACCACCUGUACACUGUCGUGCCUCGCCUUGUCAAGUUUGUGGACAUGCUCACCAACUGGUACGUCAGGACCAACAGACGUCGUCUAAAGGGAGAGAGUGGCAUUGAGGACUGCCUGUGGGCGCUGGAAACCCUCUUCAGUGUUCUGUUCUCCAUGUGCAGGCUGAUGGCUCCCUUCACACCUUUCAUUACAGAGAUGAUGUACCAAAAUCUUCGCCACCUCAUCGACCCCGCCUCUGUUGAAGAAAAGGACGCCACCAGCAUCCACUAUCUCAUGCUGCCCCAAGUCAGGGAGAGUGUGAUUGACAAGCGCAUUGAGAGCGCCGUGUCUCAGAUGCAGUCUGUGAUUGAGUUGGGCAGAGUGAUCCGAGACAGGAAGACCCUGCCCGUCAAGUACCCAUUGAAGGAGGUGAUAGUUAUUCACCAGGACCCAGAGGCUUUGAAAGACAUCCAGUCUCUACAGAAAUACAUCCUGGAAGAGCUUAAUGUGCGACAGUUAACACUGUCAACAGACAAGGACAAGUAUGGUAUCCGUCUGAGAGCUGAGCCAGACCACAUGGUGCUGGGCAAGAGACUAAAGGGAGCCUUCAAAGCUGUCACUGCUUCUAUCAAAGAGCUCACCAGCGAACAGCUAGAGGCCUUCCAGAAGACAGGGUCCAUCAUGGUGGACGGCCAUGAGCUCCAUGAGGACGACCUGAGGCUGAUGUACACCUUCGACCAGAGCUCUGGCUCUGCCACUCAGUAUGAAGCUCACUCUGACGCACAGGUCCUGGUGUUGCUGGAUGUCUCCCCGGAUCAGUCCAUGCUGGAUGAAGGCGUUGCCCGAGAGGUCAUCAACCGCAUUCAGAAACUACGCAAGAAGGGCCAUUUGGUGCCAUCAGAUGAGAUAACGGUGUACUACCGCUGCCAGCCAGAUGGGGAGUACUUGGACUCUGUGAUCCAGGCUCACACUGACUUUAUCCUGGCCACCACCAAGGCUCCACUGUUGCCCUUCCCUGUUCCCAAGACUGCCAGCGUCAUCAUAGAAGAAAAGACUCAGCUAAAGGGCUCAGACUUGGAGUUAACCAUAGUAAAGGGAUCUUCAGCCCCUCGGGCUCCUCUAAAUGGACCAGCUUGCACCUAUGUGAACCUCAUGGUGAAAGUCAACAACAAAGAACAAGAGGGGGUGGUGCUGUUGGAGAAUCCCAAAGGGGAUAACAGACUAGACUUGGACAAGCUGAAGAAAGUGAGCAGCAGCAUCUUUGGAACCAAUAACAGCCCGCUCAGAUUCUUCAAUGGCGCGACUGAGUUGACCAGCAAAAUGGACCUUCAGGCCCUGAGCGGUAAAACUUUGUCAGUGACUUCCAGCUCUUCCUCCCCUGGCCCCGUCCCCACCACCGACACCCCCCUGUGUCCUUACGUGAACCUGCUGCUCUGCAACGCACAACCAGCUGAGUGCCAGACAGGAGAGGUGGGCACCCUCCUGCUGGUGAACCCAGUGGGCCAGAAUGGGCUCGACUUCUCAGGCCUGCUGUCUGAGGCUGCCAAGGUUUUCGGCCUCCGCAGCAGACGGCUCAAACUCUACCUGGACCAGGACCUCACCCAGGAGCUGCCAGCUGAUUCAACAGUAAAAUCUCUAGACACCAAAACUCUCUUCGUGAGAGUUCUUCCAACGACCGCCGAAGCAUAAAUCCAGAGAAGCAAUCUGAAGAUCUUGGCAUCAACAUUUGUCUCAGAUGUCUCACAGGUUUCCUGAAUGAAGUUUUUUACCACUUAAAUCCCACCAAUAGCCCCUUUGAUGUACAGUGGGUUUAUGACAUCAAGUGCCGUCAUUUGUUUAGAUGCUUUUUGGAAAUCUUGAUGCAAAGCAGGCUUGUCUGUCAAGUUCACAACUGUUACUCCAUAGAGUCACUAUCACCCAUGUCUUGAAAUUUCUUGAGACAACUUCAGGCACGCAAAAUUAGAGUGCCUAAAGAAGUCUAGAGGUUUUGAUGGGUUUCAACGCAUUCCAAGAUGUGAUGAUAGCUCUAAUUAAUCAUCGUAUUUAGCCAAGACUCCAGCACUGUUCUCCCUGUCGCAGUUUCUUUCCCUCAUACUGUAUUUGUCAUCAAUUAUAAGUGACACUUCUCUAAGAAGGCACAAUGUGUUCCUAGGCUAUAUUUAUUCUGGACUGAGAAGAGAUUUAUAUGAUUUCUUCACUAGAAAGUGGAUGCUCUUCAAGAACAGAAUGAUUGCUCAUACAUAACAGCUGAGUAGACUGCUGGAUAGAUGUGUGAACGUGAAAGUGUGAAGUCGUGGAAACUGGGAAUUGUCUGAUGGAAGGAAACCAGACAUCACAUUACACCAUAAAGAAAUGCCAAAGGUUCAUUUACCUCUAUUUUUCAGUUUGUAUCAUGUUUCAGUAAGUUGGAAAUAUAAAUUCUAGGGAACUGUGUAACCUGUCUAGCUGUCGAUAUUAACAAUGAACAUUUCUUUCUUUAUUAUGCUAAUGAUAAAAUUAUGCAAGCUACUUCCCUUCAAGGCUUAUUUGAGGUGAGCUUAGUCCGGAGUAAUUAUUGCUGUGGCACAUAAUGGGGAAACCAAAUUGGCCUAUUGUGCUUACACACAAUUUUGAAUUUAACAGAUAAACCUAUUCUGCUCAUUGCAUUGGGACUCCUUUGAUAAUUGUAAAGGCAUUUCAAAAGGUGAAAUGGAUUUUCGGGCUGCUGUACCUUCUCUCAUAAAAAUAGCAACACGUGGAUAUUGUACUAUUUUAAGUGACAAAUGGAAUAAAUCAAAGGUGACUAAGAAUCAA